AUGCAGGAGUUAAUUGCCGUUCGUGUGAAGGAUGGUAUUUUCGUCGGCAAUGCGAUUGCCGCACAGGACCUCGACUUCAUCGAGAUGAACAAAAUCACGCACAUCAUCAACUGUGCUGGUGGGGAGCUGCCCGACCUUUUUGCGCACGAAGGGGUGAAGUACCUCACCUUCCCGUGGAGGGACACCACGGGCUCUAUUUGCACCGCCGUGAUGUUUGAUAGCGCCGAUGAGAAUAUUGAACGCACGGUGCGCUUUAUAGAUGAGGCGCUUGAGUCCGGCCACUGUGUGUUGGUGCACAGCCACUUUGGUUUGUCACGCAGCCCGGCGCUGAUAGCGGCGUACUUCAUCGUGAAAUACGGCUGGAAGCUUGACAACGCCCUUGCCUUUCUGGAGAUGGCCCACAAGGAUAUGUGCAUCCGGCCACACUUCCUGCGGCAGCUGCGUAUGUUUGCCAAGCGUAAUUGCGUAGAUCACGACGUUUUUGACCCGGACGUGGACGACUCUCAGUUUGGCCUAGACAAUGAUCAGUGGAUGCUGCGCAACACCUUGCUUAAUGGGCUAACCUUCGAGGUGCAGGGACACAAUGGGUUGUACAGGCUGUGCACGAGCAAGGUAGAGCUGGGAAAACCGAUGAAGCCGAUUGAGGCGCGCAGGAAAACAUCGGGGAGAAAGGACAGGCACAUUGUGUUCAUCGACACAAAGCAAGGAACCCACGUGGACUCAGAAGAUGGCACCCCUGUUGUGAAUGUACAGUCGUUGCAGCAGCUCGACUCAAGCAACCACUUCCUUGGGUUUCACGGCUCCGUGUCUUUGCGCAGCUGGCACGGCCGCGGUGGCAUCAUGAGCCGCAGCAUUACCCCCUGCACCCGCCGUGCAGAGUCUGACCCACGCACCAAUCCACGUGGCCGACAGGAGCUGGCGGUUCGCUCGGAGGCAAAAACGGGCCGCAGCACCUCCGCGCUGGACGGGACCAGUUCGACACUCACGGUGCGCACGGCGAGUGGGCACUCCGUGUUGGAGGGCGGGGCUCUUGCGGGGGCCGAGACCCGCCACAUCGCGCCACCCAACACGAUUCACGCCCCGGGACGCUCACCCUUCGCGACACUCACCUCCAGCCACAAAUACCGUAAGGGCUCGCCGCUCCCGGCGCCGACGCAUGACGCGAAGCCGUCUCAUCCUGUCCAACGCCCCUCCUCUGCGCCGGUGGCUGAGAAUAAUUCUUCUAGAUUGCGAGUUGCCGCUAGCCUGGGGGCCGCACGGGUGGCUCGCAGCACCUUGAUGCGUACCGAUAGUCCAACCGCACUUGGCGGAAGCGCCUCCUCCGCGCCCCCUGCAACCUCGGCGCGGGCGUCGAGCUACAGGAACAUUGCCCCGCAUCGCUCGCAGCCUAGUCGUGGGGUGGUGUCUGCGUGGGAGGGCAGCAAAACGGGGGAGCCGCCUGCUGUGGUGCAGCGAUCUUUGCUCCGCAGCAGUCCGCAGGGUUCCCGCCUCAGUUCUCCUGCGGGCCGGCCAAACUCUGCAAGUGUGCGGGUUGCCUCUCCUAGCGGGGCAACAUUGGGGUCGCACGGCAGCCGCAGUGCAAACGGAGGAAGUAGCGCUACAAAGACUGGAGGGAGUGGCAUCGUGCGUCGCCACUCACCGGUGGUGAUCUCGUCAGUCAGACGCCGUUAG